UAAAUUUAAAUUUUAUUUGAAUUAUAAGAGGGCGCCACUUUUUUUUUACUUUAAUUUUAGCUGUUGAAAUUUUUAAAAACUUUUUUGCUUAGUAUCCAUUUUAAUAAACACGUGGUGUUGGUCGGCUGAUAAGAUAAGAUAAGAUGAGCCGGCUGAACGAUUAACUAAAUUGAUAAAACAGUUUUUAAUGCUGCAGAUAUUUAUCUUACUGUGAGAUCAAUUCAGAUCAUCUCAAAGCAUUGAAAUGCUGCGUUAUUAUUUAACUCCAGCUUUGUCGGAGCAUAAAUUGCGAUCAGUGCAAAAUAAAUUGAAUUUGAAACUAUCUGAUUUUAAAAUAAAUGAAAUUGAAUCAGAAUAUUGUUAUUAUGUGAAAUCAGAUAGAGCUCUUAAGCUUGAAGAAAAAUCAAAGUUGACGUGGAUUCUAAAAUCAUCUGACUCUGAAAUAUCCGAAAGCAGCCGUUUUAUUGAAUCUGUGAGUAAUUCAAGAUGUCUUAUUAUAGAAGUUGGGCCAAGAUUGAAUUUUUCUACACCUUUCUCCACAAAUGCAGUUUCGAUAUGUGAAUCUAUCCACCUACCUGUAAGUAGAAUCGAGCGAUCCAUCAGGUAUUUCUUACGAUUCUCUUCGAGUUAUUCAGCUGAGAUAAAGAAUGCUAUUACUGGGCUGCUACAUGACAGAAUGACUGAAUGUGUCUAUGAGCAUCCACUUACAACUUUUGAUAUAAAAUUUACUCCUGAGCCUUGGUAUGAAGUGGAUAUAUUGGGUUCUGGAAGGAAAGCUCUUGAAGAAAUUAGUAAUUCCCAUGGCUUGGCUAUGGAUGAUUGGGAUUUGGAUUUUUAUACUAGGAUUUUUCGUGAAGAGUUGAAGAAAAACCCAACUACAGUUGAAUGCUUUGAUUUAGCUCAAUCAAAUAGUGAACACAGUCGUCAUUGGUUUUUCAAAGGUAAAUUAACUAUAGAUGGUAUUCCCAUUAAAGAAAAUCUAUUUGAAAUGAUUAUGAAAACUCAAAAUCAUUCUAAUCAGAAUAAUGUCAUCAAGUUCUCUGACAAUAGUAGUGCCAUUCAAGGAUUUAAUGUUUCAGUGUUUUAUCCUACAGAUUCAGAUCAACCUAGUUAUUUUAAAACUAAAGGUAGUGUAAGACACAUCAUAUUUACUGCUGAGACGCACAACUUUCCGACUGGAGUUGCACCAUUCAGUGGAGCUGCAACUGGUACUGGCGGUAGAAUAAGGGAUGUCCAAGCUGCUGGUCGAGGUGCUCAUGUUAUUGCUGGAUCUGCAGCUUAUAGUUUUGGCAAUUUAAAUAUCCCUGGAUAUGAUUUACCAUGGGAAGAUAAAAGUUUUGAAUAUCCUUCUAAUUUCGCUCUUCCAGUAGAUGUUGCUGUUGAGGCUAGUAAUGGUGCAUCAGAUUAUGGUAAUAAGUUUGGUGAGCCAAUAAUAUUGGGAUUUGCUCGAUCAUUUGGUAUGAAACUUAGCAAUGGUGAAAGAAGAGAGUAUAUUAAGCCUAUCAUGUUUACUGGUGGUAUUGGUAGUAUUGAUGAAAAACAAAUCAAGAAGAAGGAUCCUGAGUUAGGUAUGCUUGUUGUCAAAAUUGGAGGUCCUGUUUAUAGAAUUGGUCUUGGUGGAGGUGCUGCUUCAUCCGUCCAUGUCCAAGGGGAUCAGAAAGAAGAGUUGGAUUUUGGUGCAGUUCAACGAGGUGACCCUGAAAUGGAACAAAAGUUAAAUAGAAUUGUGAGAGCGUGUGUUGAACGCGGUAUUGAAAGGUGUGACAGAAAUGUAAUCGCAAGUAUUCAUGAUCAAGGUGCUGGUGGAAAUGGUAAUGUUCUUAAGGAAAUAGUUGAAGGUGCUGGAGCUGUUAUAUAUGCUGAAAAUUUCCAAUUAGGUGAUCCUACCCUAAAUGUGCUUGAACUUUGGGGUGCAGAAUAUCAAGAAAGCAAUGCAAUUUUAGUGCAUCCUAAGGAUAAGAAUAUUCUUCAAAGCAUUGGUAACAGAGAAAAAUGUUCUGUAAGUUUUGUUGGAGAAGUUACUGAUACUGGUAAUGUAGUUUUAGUUGAAAAGAAAGAUGUUACAACUUCUCGUCAUCCUGUUGAUUUGAAACUAUCAUGCGUAUUAGGAUCUGUACCUCCAAAGAAGUUUGAUUUAAAGCGAGAACAAGUAAAGUCUAAAUCCUUAACAAUUUCUGAAGAUGUAAGUCUGAUUUCCGCAUUAGAGCGAGUUUUAAGACUGCCUUCUGUGGCUAGCAAGAGAUAUUUAACAAACAAAGUUGAUCGCAGUGUCACAGGGUUGAUUGCUCAGCAGCAGUGCGUUGGUCCUCUUCACACUCCUUUAGCAGAUGUUGCUGUUAUUGCACUUUCUUACUUUGACACAGUUGGAAGUGCUACUUCUAUUGGAGAACAGCCUAUUAAAGGUCUUCUUAAUCCAAGUGCUGGAGCUAGAAUGUCUGUAGCAGAAGCUCUGACAAAUUUAGUCUUUGCCAAAAUAUCAUCAAUAAAGGAUGUUAAAUGUAGUGGGAAUUGGAUGUGGGCAGCAAAACUGCCCGGUGAAGGUGCUGCACUUUAUGAUGCUUGUAGGGCUAUGUGUUCUCUAAUGACAAAACUUGGAAUUGCUAUUGAUGGUGGAAAAGAUUCUUUGAGUAUGGCUGCUCGUGUUGGUGGUGAGACUGUUAAAGCUCCAGGAACUCUCGUCAUAUCUGCAUAUGCCCCUUGUACUGAUGUAAGACUAACUGUUACACCUGAUUUAAAAUGUCCUGAUGACAAGGGUGUUAUACUGUAUGUUGACUUGUCCAAUGGUAAAUCUAGACUAGGUGGAACUGCACUGGCUCAAUGCUACAAUCAAUUAGGAGCAGAAAAUGAAGUUCCUGAUGUAGAAAAUCCCAAAGAAUUAAAAGAUUCUUUUAAAGUUACUCAAGACUUGAUUGGGAAUAAAAAGAUUACUGCUGGUCAUGAUAUUAGUGAUGGUGGACCUAUUGUUACUCUCCUUGAAAUGGCAUUUGCUGGAAAUUGUGGAGUAAAAGCUAAUUUUGAAAAUAAAGGAUCUAUACUGGCCACAAUGUUCAAUGAAGAACUGGGUUGGAUUUUAGAGGUUAAAGAAAAAGAUGUAGAAUCAGUGAUAAGUGCCUAUGGAAAUCAUGGAAUUACAUGUUUUAAUAUUGGUUACAGUUACAAUCAUGGUAAAAAUUCAAAUGUUGUUGUAUCCAUCGAUGCAGUUGAAGUUCUGAAUGAACCAAUGGUAACACUGAGAAAUCUAUGGGAAGAAACCAGCUUUCAAUUAGAACUUAGGCAAACUAACAAUAUUUGUGUUGAAGAAGAGAAACUGAGUCUUUUAUCACGCUCUAAGCCUGACUACUCUAUAUCUUUUGAUAUAUCAUCUCUUAAGGUUCGUUCUACAUUUAAGUCUGGACCUAGAGUUGCUGUAGUUCGAGAAGAAGGUAUUAAUGGAGACAGAGAAAUGAUUGCUUCUCUAUUCAUGGCUGGGUUUGAAGUAUGGGAUGUAACCAUGACUGAUCUCAUUACCAAAAGAGUUUCCCUAGGAAAAUUUCAAGGUAUUAUCUUUCCCGGUGGAUUCAGCUAUGCUGAUGUCCUUGGAUCAGCUCGAGGAUGGGCUGCCAGCUUCCUUUUCCACCCUGAGUUAGAAGCAGAGUUUGCCAAUUUCAAAAAGCGUCCAGAUACUUUCAGUCUUGGUGUAUGCAAUGGCUGUCAGUUAAUGGCCCAUCUUGGCUGGGUUGCGCCUUGCAAAGAUGAAAGUAACAACAUUUCUCAAGGUCUGACUCUUGCCCAAAACAUAUCCGAAAGAUUUGAGUCCCGUUUUGUCUCAGUGAAAAUCAUGAAAUCUCCUUCAAUAAUGUUAAAAGAUAUGGAAAACUCCGUGCUUGGAGUUUGGAUUGCUCAUGGUGAAGGACGCUUUCAGUUCAAGAAUGAUGAGCUCUCAAAUGAUAUGCUUACACAAAAUCUGACUCCGUUACUGUAUGUGGAUGAUAAUUCUUCACCAACUAUGGAAUAUCCUCUUAAUCCUAAUGGAAGUAUUGGUGGUAUUGCUUCUGUUUGCUCUGCCGAUGGCCGACAUCUUGCCAUGAUGCCACAUCCAGAGCGUUGUGUUCUACCUUGGCAAUGGGCUUGGAUGCCUGAAGAUUGGAAACAGACUAUGGGGGAAGCAUCACCUUGGCUAAAGAUGUUCACUAAUGCAUAUGACUGGUGUUGCCGAAUGAGGUAGUUAAUGUAAAUUCUAGUUAUUUUAAAUGAAUUUGGUUUGCGUUACAUUGAAAGCUUUAAAAAUUAUUACAACAUUUUAUUAAAUAUAGUUUUUGCUCAUUGCUUUAUGAAUGUUAAUUUUAUUAAGUUAUGUAGGUUAUAAUUUUCAAAUUUGUAAAUUUUUUUUACGUAUCCUUGUUAAUUUUUUGCUCAAUUCUAAGUGCCAUCUUUAAAAAAGUUAUGUUUUUUUCUUCGUUAUUUUACUUUUCUAUACACACAUGAUUUAUACUAACAGUUUUCUGAAAGUCAUAAAUAUUUGCAUGGUUACUUUUAUUGAUGGUGUGAAAAAAAUUAUGUGAUGUGAUUUCCGUAACGAAUCGAAUCAGAAUAGGUUUUUGUAGUUGUGCUGAUAAAUAUUAAUUGCUGCAUCCAUUUUUUGUCGAACAAAGAAAACAAAGGAUGUAGUUCACCAAUCAAACUCAAAUUUCACCUGGAUUUUAAGAAUCUGAAAUAUCUGGCAAUUUUUUUAAUAUCUACUUUGAAGUCCUAGUUAUGAAGUUAUAUACCGAUUUAAAUAACUGUUUUUACUGUUAAAUAUGAAACCUGCAUAUGCUUGUCAGAAAAGCAAAAACAUUUUUGGUUAUAAAUGGUUGCUAUAGUUAAUGGAUAUUAUUGAUAAAAAUCAUUUUGGCAUGAGAUAAAUUUGCUUUCAUAUUUUUAUGACACAAAAUAUUGUUUCCCACUCAAAACUCCUUCUCACUCAAAA